UGUGAUAUAAUAAACUUAUCACUCUAUUAUUUGGAGCCUUAUUUACCCACUCUAAUAAGUAAAACUUAUCGUUAUGGCAAGUUUUCUAGCAAUAUUUAUCAACCAAUUGUUGCCAAAGUAGAAUUACCCAAACGAUGGUUUCAACAUUUUUAUAUUUUCGCUGCACCAGGUUCAAGCUUUGUGUUAUAUUUAGUUAUUCAUGAAUACUUGUGGAAGGGUAAUGUACAUGAAUGUUUUAUAUGGAUAUUAGAUAUGUGUUUGGGAUCAUCUAGACAACCAUUAGUAUCAUCAGAAAGUACAUUUGUAGCUUCUGUACUUAUGACUUUGCAAUGCUGGAAAAGAUUCUAUGAAACACAAUACAUAAACAUUUUUAGUGACAGGAAAAUGAAUAUUUCUCAUUAUCUGGUGGGAUAUGUUCACUAUGUGGGAGCAUUGAUGUGUAUUGUGGGUGAAUCUGAGGGUUUUGUUAGAGGUUCAGAAGGAAAUUUUUCUUGGAAAAGAAUUACGUACUUUCAUUUCAUAUGUGCAUUCAUAUUUAUAUCAUCCUCCUAUGCACAGCUACGAGCAAAUAUUAUUCUUCGUAAUUUGCGAAAAAAUAAGGAUGGAGAAAUAGAUCAUAAGAUAUAUAAGAUACCACAUGGUGGUCUUUUUGAAUAUGUAUCAGGUGCAUUGCAGAUUACAGAGAUAAUGAUGUAUAUGACACUUUCUAUGAUUUUAUGGCAAAGUUCUUCCUAUCACUACGUUACACUUUGGGUUCUAGCUAACCAGAUAUCUACGGCUGUAUUGACUCACCAGUGGUACAUAGAAACAUUCAAGAAUUAUCCAAAAUCGCGAAAAAUUCUUAUUCCAUUUAUCUUUUAAGUGUAUACCAUUUUAUUCUUUUAUUUUUAUAAUCAAAUGUUUUUAUAUGAUAUUCUAAUAAGAAUAAAUAUUAUUAUUAAUA